AUGGAUGUUUGUUUGAGUUUAAACAAAUACAAAGAUAAUAUUCACUUGCUUAUAAUUACAAUCUCGCCUCAUGAAGAUCUGUUGAUAUUUAGCUUUGAAGGAUAGGGACCAUUUACAAAUGCUAAGAUUUUGCUAGAGAAAAGUAGUAUUAAGUAUCAAAGUGAUAGUGAGAGAGCAAUUAAUUAGUUAAAGCUGAGAAAUGAGUAUGCCAAAAUAUAAAAAAUUUAAAUUUAAGAAAAUUAUAGAAACAGUUUAAUGAAUGCGAAAAUGGGGGUAGGUAUAAGCUACGAAUAAGAAAUACUUUGA